AAUAAAAAGGUGAGGGAGAUGAUGAGGUCGGCGGAGAAGGCCGUACUGAAGAAAAGUGGGUCGGCGUAUUUGUCCGGGUUCGUGAUGCCACACGACGGGGCGGAGCAGCUGCGGCGGAGAGGGUACCACAUGGUGGCGGGGGCGACGGACUUGGGGCUGUUCAGAAGCGCGGCGGUGGAGGAUGUGAGGAGAUUCAAGAUGAGUUCGCCGGAGCAAGAAUCCGACGAGGACAAGGGUAAGAAUGGUAAAGAAGUUGCUGAUGAGAAAUACUGGAGUGAGUGAAUGAGGUUAGUUUUGUACAUUCACAUUGUUGGAAGAAUAAUAUCUGCCUUUUCUUCAAUUUGAGUUCUUCAUUCUUGCAGCUAUAUCAAUGGUAAUUUCGUAGUCGAUUUUUAGCUCGUUUUCCGAAGUCUCGAGUGCACUGUUUUGUGUUGUAGAAUGAGCAUUAGUCUUCUUCUCCAUUGUAGUGAUAGUUCGUAGCUUAAAAGAGAAUUCAGAAUAGAAAUAUGUUGAUGAUUUUGGCCUCAAGGAGAGUUGGAUCUUGAGCAAUAUAUUGAUACAUACAUUGGCGAA